AUGAGUACACGCCUCCAAGAGAUGCAACGCCAGAAUGCACGCAGACCGCAAGACGAAGCAGGUGCCGAUGCGACAUUGAAGCAGCGCUACCCCAGGAGAUGGUACGACAGCAUCAUGCCCUUCCAGCCUCCCUGGGACAACCGUCCGACAGUUGGAGAGGUGCGUGAGCGGUUGGAAGCGCAGACCAACAAUGCUGCCGCAAGCUUACCCGAGCACAGCUGCCCUUCUGAGCAGACCUCCACGAAAGCCGGCACGAUUGUGUUUUGGCUGGUGGUGCUCGUGUUAGCGGUGGCUCCUAUUCUAGCUCGUCUGCAGCUGAUUUUUGGCUCCACACUGAAUGGGCCGAUAUCUUCCACGUGCUUUGAGUCCGAAAGUUCUGAAUGCGAAGUGGUGCCAUAUCCACGGAUUGCUCUCUACUGCGCGCUGGCGAUUGUCAUGCUUUUCAAAGCAUGCAGCGUGGACAUGACAUGCGGGCCUUGGGGGGCAAUGCCUCCGAUGUUUACGCCCGCUUUUGGGCGGACCUCCUCAUUGGAUUUUGUUCAGCAGGCAGCAGCGGAAGCAGUUCUCAGUUACACAAGCAUGAGAAGACACGGACAACUGAUGCCAUCGCUGUGCAUGGACGCUAAUAGUUUGCUUCAAUUUGACAUUAUGACCACAGCUCAGGCAGAAGCUUCGGUCCAUUCAACUUUUCAGUAA